AUGACUCGGUCUACUUUCACAACAAUCACACCCUUGCCUUCUAACUUAUCUCGCCAGCAAGUGGUCGACUUUCUCCACGAUCAUCUCGCCAUGAUCGACUUGAAUCCUCUCAUUAUAGAACGCCACCAAAUUGACCCUCCGCCACACGCCCCGGAGGAUGAGAAGAAAUGCGUAUGGUACUCCAUGACGGAUCGCAUUGAUUACCUCCCCGGUGGUCUUGCCUCAGGUCAAGUCACAUACACGGCUGCGUUCUUUGACUCUUCGGAUGGGCUGCAGACGCACAGUUACGCUCCUAUGGGGCUUGAUCUCCGUGGCCGCUGGUCUGUAGGAGGAACUAUGCCCGGAGAGCGUCCGCAGCCUGUUGAGCUUGGGCUGGGAGCACCGGCCACAGGUCUUUAUCUCCGUGAGGAUGUUGACAUGCGAUGUAACAUACUCAUGGUAUCGUUUGUUAAGAAGACUAUUAAGAAGUCCCAUGGAACUCUAGUUGAGAAGUUAUCGGAGAGGACUUCCAUGAAGGCUGCAAGACACUCUAUGCAAAACUUUAGGACCAGCUCUCAAACGCCAGCCCCUCCAGCAUCUGAGUCUUCAGGAGUACCAGCCAGGGGAGCUAAUGGCCGGCACGGGUUUGCUGCGGGUGUGUCUUCCCCUCCAGCUUACAGCAAUGGCACACCCUCCUCCAGCAUGGGUGACAUGCAUCAGCAAAGGAACGGCGGCUUUGUGACCCCUGGGCAGCUGCAACGGGUAGGGUCGAAUCAGUCAGGGCUUGGUCAGUCUGGAACAGCCUACCAUGACAGCAGUAGACCUGGUCAUUAUGCCGAUUCGUCAAGCCAGAAUCCGUACAAUAACUCCAACACACCAUUUGACGACCGUCAGACCUUUGCGGAGCUGGACGAUGGGACUCAGAACCAUCCUCGUCCCGGAAAGACAGUUCCAGCAGAGCUAGCCUAA